AUGUUUCUUGGUGUGGACAGGUUCCCAGAGAGCAGACUGGCCCGGCUCUUCAACGGCUCCAUCCCCAUCGUCCUGGACUCCCUCAAGCAGCACUACUUCAUAGACAGGGAUGGCAAGAUGUUCCGUCAUAUCCUCAACUACAUGCGACACGGCCGGAUGCUCCUCCCAGACGACUUCACUGACCACGACCUCCUCCUUGAAGAGGCCAGAUACUUCGAGAUUGACGGUUUGGUCAAGCAAGUAGAGGAGAUGAAGAGAGUUCGUCAGGAGUCUCGCAGGUCGUUGCUCUCGUCGUCCUCGUCACAGUCGUCCUCACAGUCGUCGUCACAGUCAUCGUCCAUCAAACACAAGUCCCUUGUCAACGGUAUCAAGAAGGAGGAUGACAGUCAUGGCUACGAUGUGAUCGCCCUCAACAUCUGUCCAGACCUGGGAGAGAGAGUCAUGCUCUCUGGAGAGCGUUGUGUCAUCGAGGAACUGUUUCCAGAGGUGGCCCAGGCCAUGAUGGACGCUCGCUCCUCGCUCGCCUGGAAUCACGACCAUCGCUUCAUCAUCAGGUUCCCUCUGAACGGGUACUGCAAGUUGACCUCCAUGCAGGCCAUCCAGCGCCUCCUCAACGCCUCCUUCAACCUGGUGACCAGUAACGGGGGCGGCGUGGAGGGCCAGCAGUUCUCAGAGUACCUCUUCUGCCGGAGAGCCCUGCCUCUGUGAUCACUCACUCCCCAUACAACGCCACGAAAAUACGAAAGAAAUAGAGAUAAUUGUUAUAAAUAGAAGAGUGAAUAAUACAAAGUGAGAGGAGAAGGAAGAGAGUAAACAGGGAAUAAUGAAGAAUGCAAAUGGCCAAGGAUUUAUAAAUUAUUUUAGGGGGGGGGAUAUAAUUCCUCACUUUCCCAUAAAUGAUAAAUCACACUAAUUUCUAUAAAAAAAACAAAGUAAUCCUGAAAAAAUAUUACUAUGGUCCACUUUUCUAGCAAAAAAGAAUAUUAGUGAAAUAAUUACAAGCCAAACAAGAUACACAAGUAAAAACAAAAAAAAGAGAUAAAAAAAUAUAUAUAU